UGCCCCACUACGUACGGCAUCGGAUCACGGAGAUACCAUCGAAGCACGAAUCUCACCGGGAUUGUAGCAUCGAGCGCGAUACGAUACGAUACGACACGACACGACAAACAAACCAUCGAUACCGAACCAUGAAGUUUCAUUUCACAGCGGCCUUCUCCCUGCUGUUGCUCAACGCCUCGGCGUCGUCCUUCGCCGCCAACAGCCCCAGAAGCGUCCAGCGCGGGUGGUCGUCGGUGGGCAACGGUCGAAUCCCCUUUGUGUCGGGUGGUGCCAUUUCCGAGUCCACAAAACUCAACUCCUCCGUGGACAGCACGAGCAGCUCCACCGCGAUCGGGGCGAUCUCCGCGGAAAACCUCGACCUUUUGUCGGAACGGGGCCGAAAGGCAAUCCUCACCCUGGUCGAGCACGACGUCGAUGGAUUCCAGAGCCACGUAUACGCGGACUGGCCCGCGGCCGGGACCGACGACGACGGGAAAAAGCGUCUCGCAGAGCAGGUACGUGUGGUUUGCUUUUUUCCGCACGGCGUUCCCGCUGUUGCCAUCCUCCGCGCAAAAGGAUGAACCGACCGGGUCUCACGUUGUUUUUGUUGUACCGGUUGGCCCCCUUGUUCUUUGGUGGUCCGCGUCGUGCAGCUCGCCGACCUGGACGGAUCCUACCCGGGCGGCCUGGCGGCGUACACCUCCAAGGCCAGGGCUCUCCUGAAAGAGAGCGCCGACGGCACGAAUCCCUUCGAGGAAUUCGAAGCCGUCGUCUCGGAGGGCGAAACGCUGAGCUUCGACGGCGAGGGAACCAUGUCGUUUUCCGAGGCCGAGAAAAUCGGCAUGGAGGGCAUUGCCGGCGCCGCCUUUGUGCUCGUUGCCGGGGGUCUCGGCGAGCGCCUGGGAUACUCCGGCAUCAAGCUGAGCCUGGAGACCAACCUCUGCACGGAAGAAUGCUACCUCGAGGUGUACAUCAAAUACAUCCAGGCGGCACAAAACCUGGCACGAAAGAAGACCGGCAACGACGACAUCCGACUUCCCCUCGUCAUCAUGACGUCUGGCGACACGGAUCAGCCAACGCGGGACCUCUUGAAAGCGAACGAUUAUUUCGGGAUGGACGAGGACAUGGUGACGAUUGUCAUGCAGGACAAGGUCCCGGCCCUGAACAACAACAAUGCCGCACUCGCUCUCGACGACGACGACCGCUGGACGGUCCAGACCAAGCCGCACGGGCACGGAGACGUCCACCACUUGCUGUACAGGGAAGGGUUGGUCGACCAAUGGGAGAAAGAGGGAAGAACCCACGUGGUGUUCUUGCAGGACACCAACGAGCUCGUCAUCAACAGUGUCAUCCCCGUGUUGGGAGUCAGCAUAUCGAAAGGAUUCGACAUGAACAGCAUUUGCAUCCCCAGGCUGGCGGGUGAAGCCGCGGGUGCCAUUGCCCGUCUCGAGUAAGUCCGAAGGAGACGAAGACGGCGUUGCCGGGAUUGUUUGUUUGUAUCGUUGUUUGUAUCGCACCGCGUCUCAUCGUCGUUUCCUAUGCAUUCCUUCCACAGGCACAAAUCCGAUCCAUCAAAAAGCCUGGUGAUCAACGUUGAAUACAACCAAUUGGAUCCUCUGCUCCGAUCGCAGGGCGAUUGCAAGGGCGACGUUGCCGAUCCAGACACCGGAUACUCCCCCUAUCCCGGAAACGCGAACAACCUGGUGAUCGCCCUCGGUGCGUACGCAAAAACCCUGCGCGGAGAGGACCAGGGCGUGGUCCUCGAGUUUGUGAAUCCUAAGUACAAGGACGAAACCAGAACGGAUUUCAAGAAGCCCACACGAUUGGAAUGCAUGAUGCAGGACAUUCCGAAGCUCUUUCAGAAGGAGCUCGGGAGCGACGUCAACAUUGGAUUCACCAUGCUCGAUCGGUGGUUCACGUUCUCACCAGCAAAGGUACGCACGACUGAUCGAAGAAAGAGGAAAGGCUCAACCGUAGCCUCGUUUCCAUUUUGUGCAAUUUGUCGGUCAAUUUCUUACCCUUCGAUUUUUCGUUGUUUGUGGCUCUUCUUUUAGAAUUCCCUCGAGUCCGGCGUCGAAGCCGCCGAAAAGGGCAGCACCGCGCCCGGCACGAUGUCCUCGGCGGAAUCCGACAAGUACAUCCAGAACCAGCGAAAGCUGAAAUACGCCGGCGUCGACCUGCCCGUGACGAGCGUCCCGGACGACCUGGUGCCCGUGGCCGGCAUCCCGGUGACGGCCCCGGGCCCCCGCAUCGUCCUCGCCCCGUCCUUUGCCAUCUCGCGGGAGGAACUCCUGGAAAAAGUCAGGGGAGAAAGCAACACCGUCUCGGCGCGGUCCUCCAUGGUGCUGGAGGGCCACCACCUGACCAUCGAGAACCUCGAGCUGGACGGGGCCCUGGUCAUCAAGUGCGGCGACGAAACGCACGUCACCGUUGACGGCCUCAAGGUGGAAAACAAGGGCUGGGAACUGGUCGAGAACGAGGCCGGGACCGACUACCCCGAGAACGUGUCCAUUCGGGGGUACACGAUGGCAAAGCACGAAACGAGGGAAUACAUCCUGAACGAGCCCGGCAACUUUGUCAUUGGAGAAGACGGCGAGGUUAAGAAAAUAUAAUCCGUUUCACAGCACACGACAAGCACAAGUUCUGCCACUUGUAUUCUCUUGCAGCAGUCGCGCUCGGUCUAGUUGCUGGUGGUGUUCUUGUAAUGUAAUAGAGCCUAGUAGGAAAAAAUACUACUAGUAAAAGUUUGGUCCCGUGCAUAGUAUUCCUUGCAGUAGAAAUGCCAAUGGCAGUGGUGGCCUUUGGGGGAUUUCAUGACGGGCCGCUAGAGAACCCCUCCAACAGACGUGUUGUGAUUCCCCGACCCUUUUUUGUUCGCGUCGCACAAAGAAAGUCACAACGAGGGUCUUUCGAGAAAAAAUAACCCUGUACCAUACCUUACGUACCGAGUCGUAAAUAAAAUGUCGUAGUAUCGUAGUACCGCCGUAGCGUACCGUACGAUCGGUACAACUGGUUUUUUUCGACGUUGACGCCUUGUUUCGAUUUUCAUUUGUUCCCUGUAACGCAUGAAUAGUGACUGCAUGCAGUAGGGUACUCGUACUCGUACUCGUACCGUGGUACGAGUAUCGUACUGUAGCUUCGUUUUUUGUUCUUCUGAUGGAUUUUGUUUCUUUUUAUCCGUUGGCAUGGCGAGAAGCGACAACAUCACGAUUGGCUCGACUUGAUCAGUCUGCAGAACGACACCAUUGCCAUUGCCAUUGCCAUUGCCAUCGUCUCCCGAUCCCUUCCAGACACCAAUCGAACUGCUGUCCGAGGAGUCCGAGAACGAGACCACCCACCCAGCCACCCAUCCACAAUGGCACUGCAGCAGGAGCUCGCGAGGAACAAUCCUCGGUACGAGUACUUUUACGACGAGUCCAACCCGGACGCCUCCGCGGAGGACGCCGAAGCCGAAGACUCGAUCUACACCACGGUCCCGACCAAGAACCACGAGCGGGAACGCAUCCCCUUUGUCUACUCGCUCGGGAGGCGGUACCACCCCGUCUACGACUACGACGAGCGGAAGCAAUACGAGGCCUCCCUCUUCUGGUGGACCUACCGCUACGGGUUCCCGCAACUCAACUCCAUCUCGACCGAUGCCGGCUGGGGCUGCAUGCUGCGGUCGGCCCAGAUGAUGCUCUCCCAGGCCCUGCGGAUGCACUUCAAGUCCCGGCACUGGAGGCCGGAUCCCUCGACCUCGGUAGCCCGGAACGACGCCUUUGUCGCCCGGCUCCUGACGUGGUUCGCCGAUUUUCCCUCCGGGAACGAGUCCUUCUACUCGCUGCACAACAUGUGCGCCGCCGGCAUGGCGGGCUACCAGGUCCUCCCGGGAGACUGGUACGGGCCGGGGACCGCCUGCCACGUGGUGAGGGAUCUGGUCGGCCUGCACCGACAGAAGCAGCAGCCCAACCUCUUUCGCGUCCACGUUUCGUCGGAGGGAACCGUCUACAAGGACCUGGUCUACCGGCUCAUGACGAGAGAGGCCUCCGCCGCAACCAAGAGGCGCCGGCGGGAGGGGAGCGACGGCGACAACGAUCACGACCACGAUCACGACCACGACCACGAAACGGCGGUUCCCGCGGAGCCGCUGCACCCGCUGGACCCCUCCUGCCUCUCAAGGGGGCCGGACGACGAGCCCGACCCCGGGGACCUGGAGUGGGACGCGGGCCUGCUGCUGCUGGUCCCGCACCGCCUGGGAAAGGACUCGAUCCACGAGUCCUUCGCGAGGGGCGUCGCCCGGUCGUUUGCCCUGCCACAGUCGGUGGGGAUACUGGGCGGGCGGCCCCGCGGAGCCCGGUGGUUUUACGGGGCCUACGCCGACGGAUCCAAGGUGCUGGGUGCGUUGCGUUGUGUUGCGUUUUAUUGUGUCGCGGUUGGUUGCUUGUAGAGCAUUUUCCUUUUUUCGUUUGCAUGAUCGUUUGUGCAGUGCUCAUUCCAACAUUUUUCUCGUAUCUCUCCGUGAACCGACGGCACGCCCCAAAACGAACCACGCCCAGGCCUGGAUCCCCACACGGUGCAAGAGGCACCCCGUAGGAAGGAACGCACAGGAGGAGCAACCACAACCGCCAUUGACGGGGGAUUCGAGUCCUCGAUCGAUCUGACGCACGAGUACCUGGCGUCGGUACACACACCGUACCCGGACGUCCUGGACCUGAACCGGAUGGAUCCGUCCGUGGCCCUCGGGUUUUAUUGCCGCGAUCGAAGGGAUUUCCUGGACCUGCAGGAGGCCCUGUCGAGAGACAUUCCCGGUGGCACCCACCAGCAGCUGGUGUCCUUUGUCGACAAGGUUCCGGACUACAUGUUGUCCGAGCUGCAAGGCGACUGCGACGUUGACGUCGACGGCGACAUCGACCUGGACGGCUUCGACGGCGGCGGGUUUGGCGAUCCGAAAAGGGACGAGCUCAGCGACGAAGAGGAUUACGUCUUGUUGUGAUUGGGUUGUGCUUUGGCACCGCACCAAAGAACGGAUCUGGUUUCUGAUUGACUCACGCCGCACUGCCGCUAGAGUACAUCCACGUGUG